AUGGAAAAGGAGCAAAAGAUUGAAGGAGUCGAUCCACCGGUGGUGGUGUUGUCCGAUGAUGAAUUAGACUCUGAUAUUGAUUUGGAACCACGACCAGGUCUCAAGAUGCCUGCUUCUUCUUCUUCUUCUUCUUCUUUCGAGGAGGAUCCAGAAGUACAUGCUAAGCACUCAAGAAAGCAAACUACCUGGAUUGCAGAAGAAGCUCUGAACAAGGCUAUAAUUGCACAAUGUGGGAUUUUCUGCCACUCCUUGUUCACGGCCAAGAAGGUCGGCCCCUCCUCUGCCUCCUCCUCCACGGAGAGCAGCUCUGCCACUCCUCCUAAGAUGGCUGCUGUCCAUAAUGAUGAUGGCUCCUCCGUCGCCGCAGUGGAAAGCAGCCCUCCAACUCCUGCUGCCGAGGAGUUGUUCUUUGCUGAGACAACAAUGUACUCUGGCCAGGUUGCUUCUAUUGUUCGAGGUGCACCAAGGAACCUUUCUACCAUCCACCUGAGGAUCAAAAUGUUGAAGAAGCAAAAGAUCGAAGGAGUUGAUCCGGCGGUGGUGUCUGUUCAGGAGGCGGACUCGGACUCCGACUCGGCCUCCGAUUUGGAACCGCGUUCCGGUGAAGAGAUGGAUUAUUCCUCCUCCUCCGAGGAGGAUCCAGAUGUCGUUGCACAGCGUCACAAACAGCAAAUUGCCUCGGUUGCGGAAGAAGCUCUGAAGCACUACAACUACAACCACCAGGGUGUAGAGUACGUGCUUGUGGAUUUCAUACUCAUCAAUGAUGUUCUUAUUCCUUCUGGAAUGUUCACCCACUCCAUGUUCACUGCUACGAAUCUCGUCUCGUCCUCCUCCUCCUCCAUGGAAAGCAGCCCUCCCACUCCUAAGACGGUCGUCAUCGAUAAUAACGAUGGGUCCUCCUCCUCCUCCAUGGAGAGGACUCCUCCUACUCCUAAGAUGGUCAUUGUCAAUAAUGAUAGUGGCUCCUCGUCCUCGUCCUCUAUCCCCAUCGAAAGCACCCCUCCAACACCUCCUAAAACUGAACUGUUCUUUGCUGAGACAGCCCUAUACGAGGGCCAGGGGAUGAAGCUCACUGUACAUUCUUGCGUCAUCAUAGAUCCUUCUGGACCUGUUCCCCCCAAAAUUGGUUGCCACUAUUGUUCGACGUUCACCAAGCAACCUUUCUACCAUCCUCCCGAGGAGCAGUUGGAGUUUGUUCCUAAGCCCUCAAGGAGAAUCUGCAGCUGCACGCCUCAGCUGCUCAUCAACAUCGAUAAGCAUGGCCAACCCAUCUUCGAUUGUGACUCUAGUUGCAAGCAUGGGUUUCUCCUCGAGAGGCGCGUUGGAGAUGUGUUCACUGUUGUUGGUGGAAACAGUGACUGCUUGGAGGAGAGGCCGGAGCUCGAGAGACGAGCUUGA